CCGGUCAGGUAGAUUUAACUCAAUUUGGCAUGAGAAUAGCUUUCAUAUCCUAUUCAGGCUUAUUCACGGAAGAGGAUUAUUGCCCGUGGCGGCUCACGACCUGCUGUAGCCUCUCGAAUGAUAAUGACUUAGUAUAUUAUAGGCAUGGAUAUUGAUACAAGUGGCUACGCUCAAUAUUGUUCACGCAAGGGAUACAUUUGUAUAUAUAAUGAAUCACCGUGGGGGUCGUUAUUUUCCGCAUGAAGAUUCAUUCCAUUCUCGCUGCAGGAUUACAUCUUACCUAGUAGCUGAAGGUUGGCGUGAUUGACAUUGACGCCAACCCAGCAUCAGCCUAUGCAUCAGCAGAAGAAUCAGGAUGAAGGCGGCUUAUCUUCUCAUGCUAGGCGAUGCCUGGGGAACCGCCAUGGCGUCUCUUCAGAACAGUUUCGGCGGCCUCAGGCAACAUGCUGACCUGCUAUUGGAAUGGGAACCCGCGGGUGCAACGGAUUAUCCCCUCGUCCUCCAUGUGCGAGUCUUCAACGCGACGAGUGACCAUACAGUGAACACAUUCGAGACAGAUAUUGCGACUGGACUGUAUAGGGACUCUUUCAUGUGGAAUGACUUACCCUCGCCUCUCCCGUUUCUUCCCUCUGCGACGUACCAACUUCAAAUUGGACGUCAGCUACCGGCAGGGGAUAUAAUGUCGGACUUCGUGAUAACCUCGUCCAGCCCUUUCAGCAUAUUACCGGAAAGUGAGGACGAAAACGACGACAGCAGAGUCUGGCCAACUACAACCGGCGCCUCGGAGUCGGCGAAUUCAGAGACCAGUCAGCACCCGGAUAGUAGUACGGCUAUCGCCGCGGGCCUAGUUGUGCCUUUUGUAGUCGGAAUCUCUGUCUUCGUCUUUAUAUGCAUGCAACGACGGCGUAAGAGAACCCUUGAAGAGCGCCGGAAGGAAAGACAAACAUUAGUGAUCGAUUAAUCGACUGUCAUUGCCAGAAUCCCUAGAGCCUUGCUGAUGUUGGCUGAUCUUAAUCGCGGUAGCCGAUAACUUAUCGUCUGAUACCGAAGUGAAUACAUACAAACCCUGGUGCUUUUGAGCGCGCUCUGU